CGUCACCUGUCGGGGCCUUCGGCUUCAGGCUUCACCCAGGGUCCGGGCUGAAGACCUCUCUCCUGGGCUGGGGGUGAACGUACCGUGGUGCAGCCAGGACCGCAGGAUGAGUUCCUCCAGCGAUGAAGGCAGCAGGACACCCACGCCUCAAGAUGCACCUGGCCCCAGGAAGGAUGGGAAUUCCCUCCAAAGGAGCAUAAAGCAAGAGUCUGAUUGCCUGGUUCGGAUUGCAUUGUCUGGUGCUGAAAACAAUUACCACGAAUGUCAGAUGAAACAUGCCCGAAGCAAAAGGUUAGAUGACUGUAACCCAUGGGGAGAAAGUAAACUGCAACCAGGCAACUACGUUGAGGAGUUCAGCCUAAAAACUGGGAGAAGCCCGAAGAACAAGUAUGGAAACAGGAAAUAUGCAGCUCAGAACUUGCAGAAGAAAGAGUUCACUUUCAGUGUGUGUGGAGACCCAGACAAUAUCCAGUAUGCAUUUACUGCAGAUCCUAGUGACACCUUGCUCUUUGCAUUGAACACAUCCUGUGACUUUGAAGAGAAGGUGAAAAGUGACAAUAUGAUCCUGGCCUAUGGAGAGGGCCCGCUGAGAGGGUUGGUGAACCUGGACAUUCUGUGCCGCUACCUGCCGCAGCAUUCCCAUUUCCGGCUGCUCUUCCUGCGGGCCCAGAACCGGGACGGUGCCGGGUCCGAGCGCCCGGUGCCCCCGGAGUGCCCGCGCAACAAGAACCACGUCCUCUUCUACGUGGAGCCAAGUGGCAGGACCGUGGGCAACAACGCCCAGAGGAUCGUACUGUCCGACCGAAUCGCCCAGGGGCAGACCAAGCUGUGCAUCCUGGGCUUCGAGGGUGAGACCAUCCGGGAAGCGCUGGUCAACGACGGUCGCUUCGAUGCCAAGAUUGAGGAUGAUGCCCACAAGCUGCUGGAGAAGGUGGACCCUCCGAGGAAGAUUCAGUUCAACAACACGGUGGACGCGUUGCACGGCCGCAGCUUUCAGGUCGAGAUGAGCGGCCCCAGGAGGAAGGCUGGCGGCGAUGACGGUGGCAAGAGCCUGAAGCAGAGAGCUGGCAAGUCAGCGGAGUCGGUGGCGCAGCUGACCAGGAAGGAGCUGGAUGGCCGAGGGCAUGAAGGGGGCCGUUGCCUGCUGCCCAGGUGGCACUUGGAAGCCCGCCGAGCUUCCCUCUCCCGGUUCAAGCAAUCGGUGUCCAGGAACGCCGAGCUGGCAAAUGUCUCAGAGCGGCAGUACCUGAACCGUCACCAGCAAGACGCCCUGGCACCGGUGCCUGCCAGGGCUUUCCGCUGCAUCUCGAACCGCCUGUCCAGCGUGGGCUGCGUCACCUGGAAGAGCUCAGCUGCUCUGACCAGUGGUACCUGCUUCAUUCUGAGCGAGCGCUACCUUCUCACCUGUUACCAUGUGGUGGAAAUGAUGACGGAGGGCAUUGCACCAGACAGCUGGCCUGCCCUUGUCCACGACUGCGCUGAAGUCUUCUUUGGCUAUGAGGAGGAUGGCCAGAAGGGUCAGCCACUGAAAGUGGCAGCCUGGCUGGAGAUCUAUGACCAGGAGCUGGACUACGCCGUCCUGGAGCUGGAGAGCACCCCCGGAACCCCGGGUCUGCUGGAGCUCUGUGCUAACCCACUGCAAACUGGCACCUUGUACAUCACUGGGCACCCCGAAGGAGACAAAAAGAAAAUCUGCCCUUGUGUGGUCAUGACUGGGUACCCGAAGGCAUCCGGGUAUACAGCACCAGAACUAGAAAACUUGAGAUCUGGGAUCGCUAGAGAAGAAGCUGAGGAUUACACACAUGAGACAGUCUUGAUUGCAAGUCAAGCUUUCAAUAGACUGAAAUUCUCUAAUGUAAUCACUAACAAAACAGAAUUCCACUACGGUGCUGCAGGGUCGCCAAUAUUUAACUCUGAGGGAUCCUUGGUUGCGUUGCACUGCGGUGGGGAGAUCUACAGAAAAAAUAAAGACCCAGAAAAGUUCUACAUUGAAUUCGGAAGGCCCAUCCCACUUAUCCUCCAAGACAUAAUUAGCAAGAGUCAGACUGCCACCACAGUAAAGUCAGAGCAGCUAAUCGCCACGCUACAGCACUUUUUAAUGUGAGAUGUAAAUGGCUAGGGAACAGAUCAUGGAGCAAGGCGGGUAUACUGGUUAAGAAAGUUACACCAAAUGAAUGGAAAAGGUACAAAUGAUUUUUUUCCUCCUCUCUCUCUUUCUGAGUGGUUUCAUCUGAAGAAUCAACCCAAUGACCAUGUAGUUUGCUUGAAUGUAGCAAUUUGUCCAGUAGCCUCAUGGAUUUUAAAGAGGUUUGUGGUCUGGCAGAUAUGGUGACUUUGCUCAGUGACACGGUAAUGUUCAUUAGCCAAGGUUUAAGGUGGGAAACACUACAGAGUUCCAUGUCAGUAUGAGGGGUGACUUUUGUCUUGCUUUUUAAUGAGGCUUUGCUCUUCAAAUAUGGCGACUUGCUGUCCCAGAUAUAGGGAUGAAUUUAGAGAAACACUUAAUGGGAAAUAAUCAACAGACUUUCUUUGAAUCUUAGUGACUUAUUUAGUGUGGAUUAGUACCUGCAAAUCUAUAUCCUUGUUUAUCCCAACAAUAUUUCCUUCCCCACCACCCCUCCAUUGUAACCUCAAAGUGGCCAUCUGAGAGUAGAGAUGACGACUGUUCGAGGGCCCAAGUGAUCAGAGCUAAGCCUCCAUCUUGUCUGUUUUGAAUUUUUCCAACACUAGAAAUUGGGCGUUCCAGGUUUUGCUAAUUGCUCAGGAGCUUCAGCUGAUUUUCGUCUGAUAUUUCAUCUUGGGUCAAAGAUUGAGUGGGUUCAAGCCACAAAUCUUUGUACUGUGUAGAACUCUCAAAUCUGGGAGCUUUUAUUUUUGCCCCCUAACCCCACCCUGCCCCGCCCCAGCCAAAAAUGGCAUUUGACCAAUCCUGGAGCAAUUUUGAUUUUUUUUGUGUGGCACUUUGCUGCAUUUUCAGGUUUUGUUUUAGCCACAGUUUAGCAUGUGGCAUUUGUCUGGUUUAAACUGACAAAAUGACCUGUUGGAGUGUAAUUUUGAUUGACGUGAUGAAUCAAUGGGAAAAAUCUGAGAUUUUUGUGUUAUCACUGACAGACAAUUACUUUUUCACAUGCUGCAUAGCUCAGCAGACAACUCGAAUGCAGUUAACUGUCCUGAUAACCCACUGGAAAUAUAUUUUUGCAAUCUUAGGAUCCCCCACCUCAUCUAUCCUAUAAAAGACAGUGUUGGAGGAACAUCAGUACUGAAAUGUUAGAAGCAACAUGCUCAUAAUUAAGCAAAUACACACAACAAAUGAUGAGAUAAAUUUGCCCGAAUCUGCCUACUGGUUGCAAAUCUGUGUUCUAAUAUAGCUCUGGAGUUAGCUAUUGGACUUGUUAAUGUCCUCUUUUGUAUACCUUUUUCCUUUUUGCUGUCUGUUGCCACAUCUGGUUUGCACUGUAUCUGGUGCAAGCAAUGUUUUUCUGUUAGGCUUGCGCAGAAACAGAGGUUUAAUUACAGAAAAGUGCCAAAUGCUAUCUUAAUGCCAGCCCACAGUAUUUUGUUUUCCUCUUAUGCAUUCAUACUAGGUCCUGCAAACUCUCCAAUGAGGCUGCAGUCCUGUUUUACCAGCAUUUACUCUCGGAUAUGCAACAUAAAUGGAAAGGUUGUGCAGGCGGGAAAAUGUUAUCGUCUGAUAUAUCAAACGGUUAAAGAAGAAAUAACUUGCACCAUUUUUGUAUUACUUUGAACUCAAUUAUACUCGUGGCCUAUACUUGCUCCAAAACGUCAUCCCUCCUUGCUUGUGUAUUGAUGCCAAAGAGACUAUUUUGUUUUAAAUAAAAUGCACUUCACUGUCAAUUGGUGAUGGCGAGGACUGGAAUGUCUGUGAGCAGUAUGACUGCGGGGCAUCACAGGCCACCUGACUGUGUCCUCCAACACUCGUGUGCAAAGAACAAUUGAUGGAAAUAAUUACGGCAAAAUCACUCCCCCUCUCAGUACCAUUCACCACAGGUCAUGCGGCACCUCCCUCGCCAGCCUCAAAGCAAUUAAACUCAGAAACCUUUUCUGAUCUGUGUGGCUCAGUAUCACAUUAAUGGAUGUAUUUGCCACUGACCUGUUUCACAUUUAUUCCCCGUCCCUGAACUGUUCCUGUAUGAAUCAAACAACAUUCCCAAAUUUUGCAUGCCAAAAUAUAUUGAAUGCGCACCCACUGGUGAAAUGCAAGUAACUGGGUGUUGAAACAUUUACUACAAUUGGAUAACGUUCCCAAGUAUUUGUUUUGGUGCAUGCUUUUAUGACCGCAGACAGGUUUUCUGACUGUGGGGGUCGCAGAGAGUUCUAUCCAGCCCUCGCCUAGCUUCUGUUCAAGUAGGUUUCAGUGGGGAGGGGGAGGGUGGGCAGCUGUGUGUUGUCCAAGUGCAGGAAAUUGAGUUGCUUUAAAUUUGUUUUCUUCCCUACCGUAGGGGCAUUGAUCAAUUGUAGCAUUCCCAUCGCUGCUGUAGUAACACCUCUCAGGCUGCUGGAACCAAGUCUCGGCUUCAGAGAAUAAAGUCUUUAUUUCUGGGCCAGAUGGUUGGCAAACGUUUCCAUGGGGAGAAUAAAGUCACAUAAAUAUUGGAAGAUUACACACAUGAAAUGGGAAGAGUUCCAUUUUAUUUUCUGUGACACAAAAGGAUCUGGACCCUCCUCAAAGCCCUCGUUCAUAGCUUGAGAGGCACUGCAGUAUCUUUUGUUGAACUGCAAUUUUUUUUAAAAAUUGCUAGAAUUACAAGGAUUCCUGGAUAUUCUAUAACUCAGGUAAUCAUGUUAGUCACAAUAAACAAGAUCCUGAUUAAAUUUAUUCUUGUGUUUUUUGAAAACAAUAUUAAUUUGUGGUACAUAUAAUGUUAAGGAAGUUGCACUGAUCUUGACCGAUGUAGCUUUGGAGCCAAUCAUUGCUGUGGUACAAAGAGACGUACUAGCUAACUUACACAUUCAGUAAGCUCCCACAAAUAGCAAUUCGAUAAAUGACUGUUCAAAGAUAAAUCUUGACCAGAAUGCUGGGAAUACUGACCUGUUCUUCAAAUAGUGUCUGGGAUGUCUUGUAUCCACCUGAAACAUGAGGUGGGGUCUUGAUUGAGCACCUUGUUUGAAAGACCAAACCUCUAACCACACAGCAUUCCCCAACAGCACAUCAGGAUAUCAAGAUGUGCUCAGGUCCUGGAGUGGAAUGCACGUGGUUCUUGGGUGUUUUAUUUGUUUUGGGGGGACGAGGGGAAGAAUGGAGGGAGGUGGAGAAACUAACUUAUUGUGAAUAAUAAAUGUUAACAGUGUUUAAUUUUGGAUACAGCAAUGUCUAACAAUAUACAUUUUUUUCUUGAAUUUUUGUGACACAUGGAAGUUUCAACAAGCUUUCAUUUAAAGAGCAUAUCAGUACCUCAGUUUAAUUUUUUUUAAACAUCUAUUGACUUAACACCUUACUGCCUCUUGCAAGCAGCCAAAAGACCUUUAGGUGAGGUGAACUACUUUUGAAGCGCACUGAUUAAAGGUAGUUAUUUGCUCACUGAAGACCCCACAAAUUGAGACCAUGAGUGGGUAAGUUAACGGCAAAUUGAAAACCAGCACAGUGGCAGAUGGCCAGGCGGGCGUAGUUAUAUUUUGUAUGUAGUGGGUUAGUGCAAAAUUGCUGAGUCAAAAUCAAGCAUCAUCCUUCCUAACAACAGUAUUGUGAUGGACCUAUACAGACGGAUUUCAGUUUAAAGAAGGCAAUGCACCAUCAUGUUUUUCAAUGGUCACUCAGAAUGAAUGAGAAAUGCUGGUCUGGUUUGUUUAAAAAUAUCAGCCAGUAGACAUAAGUAUAUUACAAGCAUGUAUUUCCUAAAACAAGUAAACUUUCGUCAAUUUUUUUUGUCUUUAAAAUGUUAACUGGUCCUCUUGAGACACACCAAAAAUGUAUUGUAUUCAA